UAGGCCUAGUAGUAUCAUUCCUGUUUAAGCAGUUUGAAAAAUCUACAAUACGAUCGGCAAUAUACGUUCAAAUUAUACGUUUGAAUUGUGGACUUUUCACCAGACUGGCUUCCUUGGCUAAUAAGAAUGGAUCAAAGUAACGUUGACGUACUCGCCGGCAGAGCAGGUGAUGAUAUCGUCGGUCACCGCACACAACCCGCUGUCGCCAGCAAUUCAUGCAGCUACCCCUGGUUUUAUACUAUCUAUUUAGUGGUUUUGAUCGUAAUGACCAUACUACCGCUUAUGGGUAUUGGCUCAUUUUUGUUCAUCUAUCCUUCGUACAUACUGGCACUUCUGUUAUUCAUUCUAGUUGCUCAAUGCCAAAGACGAAACAAGAAAGAACCGAACGGCAAAAUAGGCAUACCAUGUGAAAAUGUGCACAGCCAUAAUAUGACAAGCACCUCUAUGACAUCAUCUCGUCCUACCGCAGAAAAUAGCUUUGGAACAAAUCGAAUGUGGUUGUCAUUAUUUAUGUUCCCCCGUGGCAACGUUUCGUCUAUUGGUGGACACCGGGGCACGAGAGAAAAAAGUAGCCACGAUGCUGUUCCUGAAGAUGUGGCGACAGUUGAUGAAUAUGAUUCUGUUAACGAUGUUCCGCCAUCGUAUUUUGAGGCAACUUCCGAUGGCUCACACUACUUAUCGGUAUCUGAUCAUCAUGAGACUGACGGUUAUAGAGCAUAUGGUAAUGGUUUGGGACGUUGUACUGACUGUUUAGCGUACCAGUCACUUUUUCCCGAUUUUCCCCGUAAGUGGGUGUCUGGGGCCGCCAAAGACCCCUCGGAGCGGGUCCAGUGUGAGAACCCCAUAUAGGGCCUAAUCACCGGGAAUUAAAGAAUUUGUCUUAUCUAAUCGAUUUUAGAGUCUCAAUCUGUAAAACAUUUUUCUUCCCGGGUGUUGGGGAGCUCUUUCCGCAUCUAGCAGAACCCCUUGAGUACGGUAUUUUUCCCGCAUUAAACCUGUUGUUUCCAUAAAAUCGCUACAACCCACAGCCGACAGUCACCGACAGCUGCUGUGGACGAAUCUCGCUGGCGAUUUUUAUGAAUACAGUGUGCGCGACAUUAAACUCAACUUAUGUGGUCACCGCAUGAAGGUAUCACUCGGCAUGGACCGACGAAAACGAAUGCAAGAUUGUGCUGUGCAAAUGGAGGCUGUAUACUCUUUGAUGGAGUAACGCGCAGACGAGCUUGGAUUGGUGAUCUGAAAUUGACUCGGUCCGCCUGUCGAAUUUUGGCUUAAAAAUGACCUGCCAAGGCAUGGAAGUAUAAUUAUUCAACAAUUAGUUAUAAAUAUUCAAAAUAAUUGUAACUCCAUGAACCAAAUGUAGUCCUUAUAAGUCAAAAUCGGUCCGGCUUAUUAGUAAUUUCCAACUUGUACGUUUAUAUUUACCAUUAUUCUUAUUUUCAAUAAAACAUCAACAAAUUGA